GAGAUAUCAAGUUUCGAAUUCUCUGCAGACAUCUUGGGUGGCAAUGACACGAAGCUCAAUUGGCUACUGAGUGACUUUGAAGCGAAUCUACCAUACUGGCUAGAUAACUACCAGCUGAGUUUUAACACUACCAUUUUCGCCAAAGCCCUAGAAGAUUUUUACUUCUCUGGAAACGUCACGCCUUCCAGUUUUAAAAAAAAUAUGAUAAUGUUUCAGACGGACGCCAUAUUUAUGUGGCCAGCGUACAGAACAGCGCAGGCCUUUUCAAAAGUUAUUAACUCUAGUAUCUACUUCUACUUAUUUUCAUACCAUGGGACUUUUUCCAAUACUUUAAAGUUAACUCCCGUACACCAUGGAGUGGCGCACGUAGACGAUUUAAAUUACCUAAUUCCAUUGUUAAACAAAAAGUUCGAGAGUCAUAUGCUGCACAAUACCGAAAACGACAUAACUAUGAUUAAUAUAAUGACAGAGAUGUGGGCCAGUUUUGCUACCACAGGGUAUGUGACGAUUUUUCCAAAUCAUCAAAUGAUUCGUUAAACAAUUAAUCAAUUGAUGC